AAUCAGCGCCAGAGAAAUAAUCCGGGUGUCCUACUGUAUUAGUAACAAUCACUUGGCCGCGGCGUCGCCACCUCACCCACUGUCUCACCUGCUUGAAGACUCAGAAGGCGAAAGAGAGAAGAUGAACUAACCGUCUAAACAGGGUCAUAUGGAGAUGAAUACUGUGAAAACGUCUGCCACGAAUUCAGAUGUUGACAACAAGCAACAAGUAACGGUUCCAGAAGACAAUCUUUCUAAAGGUAAAUCAAGCCUCGUUUGCAAGAUGCCGCACUGCUGUACAUCUGUUAAAAACAAAAUCAUUGGUGCAUUUGAAAGCUACGGCGUUCUUGUAGGCAAGUACCCUCUCCCAUUUAUCAUCAUCCCCAUUGUGGUGUUUGGAGGUCUUGGAUUCGGACUGUUCACCCUCAGUUUUGAAACAGACCUCGAGAGCCUUUAUUUUCCAAGUAACAGUCGGGCAAUAAACGAUCGGCAGAAAGUUCGAGAUCUUUUUCCUAAUGUAAAUAACAUCAACUAUGACUCCUUCGCCCAGAGUGAUGCAGUCGACGAGGUGGUUUUGAUGUUUCAGUCCAAAAACGGCGCAAGUAUUUUUGAAAAUAGUUCUGUUGAUGAAAUAAGGGAGAUUGUAGCUAAAGUUAAGAAUAUUUCUGCGAACAAGAAUGGACAAAGUGUGUCCUACAAUGAUCUUUGUGCCAAAGCCGCCUCCCAGUGUGUCGUCGAAGGAGAACUACUUGCUCUCUCCCGGAUUUCAGGCAUUGUUGUCGGCUGGUUUAAUUUCAUUUCCACGCUGGCUACCCCCCAGAUCAAAAGAAACAGUUGACCUCUCAUUUUACCUUUCUCAGGCAACGACGAAUGAUAGAAACAUUCUCCAAGCUGCCGGAAUCCUUAAACUGUCAUUUAAACUGAGGGAAAAUUCCAAAGAAUGGAUGGCAGAGUUUCUUAGCGCCAUCGAGAAGACGUCGUCCAACUUCUCUAAUAUUUUGUACGGGACCACCGACUCUCUAAGCGAGGAACUUGACAAGGGAACCAAAGGUGACAUUUACCUGUUUUCUUUGACCUUCACCCUCUGCAUCACCUUUGCCUCCGUGGUUUCUUCUGGAGGAAACCCAGUGUCCACCAGGGCGAUGCUGGCCAAUGCCGGGGUGCUGGCCGCAGGACUGAGUGUUGUAGGGUCUCUGGGACUGGUCAGUCUGUGUGGUGUCAAGUUUGUCAGCCUCGUCGGCAUCAUGCCUUUCCUAAUCAUAGGUAUAGGUGUUGAUGACAUGUUUCUGCUGAUGUCUUCAUGGAGUGAGGCCAUUUCUGAAAAGAUAUUUGUUGAUAGAAAAAGUGCAGUAGCAGCUCAUCUUGGUGCAACUUUCGCUAGUGCCGGCAUCGGUAUCACGGUUACAUCGCUGACAGACUUCGUGACUUUCAUCAUCGGGACAACUUCUACAUUCCGGAGUGUGACAAACUUCUCAAUUUAUACAGGUGUGGCAGUACUUUUCUGUUACAUUUGCCAAGCCUCAUUCUUUGGAGGAUGUCUCUCUCUACACACUCGGCGAGUACUGUCCCAAAGGCACUUCCUGACCUGCAUGAAAACAAAGAGUAGAAAAGAGCUGAAAGAGAAGGGAAAGUCAUCCUGCGUAGCUGUAAUCUGCGGAGGAUCGAUUCCCCAGUCUCCACGCGAUGAUGAAAGCAUCUGCGAGAAACUUCCUCGUCUGACGAUACCUAAGCUGGUCAUCAACUCCGUGGGCCGCGUUGUCAUCAUCGUCGGCUUUUUGGGCUACCUUGCAGCGUCCAUCUACGGGGUCAUCAACCUUCCACAGGGUCUAGUCCUCUACAACCUUGUACCAAAGUCAUCUUACUACCAUUCCUUCCUCGUCUUAAACGAGGAACAUUUUCCCAGCCACCUACCCGUUGCUUUUGUCGUAGAUGGACAGGUUGAUUAUUCUGGAAAUGAUGGCGAUCAACUCCGAUUGCUCAUUUCAUUGGCUCAGAACUACAGUCUGAUGGUUCCUAACUUCCAGCGCUGCUGGCUGACCGAUUACGUCACUUCCGCAUACUAUUCCAACACGUCAUUCGUGAAUAACCUUAGAGACGUGUUUCUACCAGCCAACCCGUUGUACUACAAUGACGUCAUCCUCGACCCAACGAACACGUCCAUCAUUGCCUCGAGGUGCUACGUGGUGUCCAGGUCGAUCAGAAGUCAGUACGACCUGGCCGAUGUGAUGACAAGGAUGAGAUCACUCGCUGAUGACUCACCUUUACAUGUCUUUGCUUACCAGCAGUCUUUCGUUGCUCUGGAGCAGUACCUUGCUGUUUUACCGGCUACACUUCAGAUGGUGGGAGUUGCCAUCGCAGUUAUAUUCGUCGUCUGCGUGGUUUUCCUCCUACACCCUUUCAUGGUUGUCUUGGUAACCAUCACUGUUGCCAUGAUCCUAGUGGGCAUCUUCGGCUUCAUGUACUACUGGGACACGCCUUUGUCGUCCAUCACCAUGAUCCACUUAGUCAUGAGCGUCGGCUUCUCCGUGGACUUCUCUGCGCAUGUCUGCUCCGCCUACCUGGUGUCUGACGCAAGCACGCGCAAAGAGCGUGCGCAUGACGCCAUCAGUCACGCGGCCAGUGCCAUUUUUAACGGCGGCGUGUCCUCGCUCCUGGGAGUCAUCCUGCUGGUGUUCUCAGACUCCUACAUCUUCAUCUCCUUCUUCAGGAUCAUGGUGCUGGUCAUCGGCUUUGGUAUGCUGCACGCCGUCCUCUUCCUGCCAGCGGUGCUGUCGCUGAUUGGUCCGCAGAACAGUCAGAUCGGUGCUAGCGCCCCCAUGACAGACUCAACUGGACAAAGUGAUGACAUUACUAUGACUUCUUGCAAGAACGCACCAACUGGACAUGGGAAAAGUGAUAACAAUGAUAUCACACGUUCCAAGAACGCACCAGGUGGACAAAACCCAGCUGAUGACAAUUAUGAUACUUCUCGUGAGAACGCAGCAGGAGAAAGUGGACAAGACAAAGAGACCUAUAAAAAUUUAGUUCAUGAAUGCAAAACCAUCAAAGAAGCAAAUCCGUCUCUUAACUCCGCAAAUGAAAUUUAUUUACAGCCAAUCUCAAAAACAGGUUUUAAGCAAAAUAACGGACACGCUGAAGAGAAACAACUUAAACCCGAGGAAUAUUUGGCAUAUGAUGGCAAAAACACUAUUAUUAUUUCGCUGUAAUAAUAUAAGAAAGCAGUGAUAUUUCUGCUUUGUCUGCACAUGUUUUCCAGAAUGUUGAACAUAAAACAGCACAUGUCGCUAGAAGAGACUUUGUGAAAACAGGAACACAAUAAUAAUCUAUGACAGUUUUUCUUUGUUUAAUCAUGAGAUGUGGUCUUCUACUCUAUUAGUUAUCGUUCUUGCAUAUUUUUAUGAAAAUUCUUAUAGACUGUGAUAAUGAUUGUUGUUUUUUACUUACAGUAUAUAUUAAACAUCUUAUUUAUUUUAAAUUAAGAUAGCUUUUAAAAGGUCAAUGUCUAGUACCAAAGUAGCAGAAUGUAUUGCAGGACUGGUCUCCAUGUAGCUGUGAGAUAAAUACAAAUCCCUGGUCGCCAAUCUCAAGUUUAAAUUUGGUCUGAAAUUUCAGCUUGCCAAUUAAAACCAGAGGCUAAAUUUUCAUUACGAGGGAGGCAGACUAACGAAAGAUAUAUUCUCAUCCUUUCUUGUCUAAACUUAACAUCAGACGAUGUAUUUGAAACGAGAAUGGGUUUUCCACAGAAUGAAUGUCUGAUCCUUUUUAUCAAGCAUUAAAACUCAUCAUGGAACAGAACAUUAUCAAACUGUUAUCGUUGCUUUACAUCUUUUAAUUCUAACAUUUCAGUUCCCUGUCAUGCAAAUUCUCAUCUAUACACGACAACAUAAAGCCUACCAUCACACAUUUCUGAAUUCGAAUUGCUUGACUAAUGUCUAAGAACACCCUGAGUAGAAUUUCUAAAUGCAGAAAAUCCAAACCGUUACAAGAGUAACUUUGAAAGCUUCCCCACACUUCAUACUUUGAUUAACAUUUAAAUCAGAUGCACUGAAUGGAAAAGACCAAAGCUUGCUUGAUUACUUGAAAAUUAAAUGAAAUGGUUACUGUUAUUUCCAGAACAAUCACUACGCUAGUAUUUGGCAGAAACGAUUCAGACGGACUGGAAUGCAUCAUAAAAUAAACUCAUUUAUUUCCACUUAGUGUAAAGGAAAUGCGCUUUACCUUUGUUAUUAGUAUUUUUAGCAUUUACAUUUAUUUAACAGGACAUAAACUUAUUAUUAUUCAUAUUAAUAUUAUAAGUAGUAGUAUUUUAUUAUCUCAAUGUUAAAUGUAAUCUGAACAUUUCAAAUACCUGGCAUAAAAACAGUUCUGCUAUCUACUUGUUUUAGUACUACUGAAUAAAAGAAAAGAAAUUAUUCUCUUACAUUCUGGUUUCUAUAGAUGUCUUUUUCAGCUAAUUGGCUAGUUAACUAUUUCUAUGUAAAUAAAAUAAUGCUUCACAUUUUUUUACGAUCAUAUAGCUCGAGAAAUUAAAAUGUUAU